AUGAACAGCUUUACUACUCCAGUGCUUGAAAAAUAUGCGUCAAGUCCACUCUUAUCAACGCCUGCCGAGGAUGAGCAUAUCGUGAUCACCGGCAACACGAGAAGCUGGGACGCUGCUCGAAAACUGCCAGGGUUUGACCACGGCUGGGAGCAAUACGCGAUCGUCGACGACCAGAUAAAGAACAUGAUGAGACCCAUCGAUCGCCUGUCAAUAUACAACGCUCGCAGGUGGUUGAAGUACGUUUCAGCAGCGUUUGCAGAAAGAGACUUGAGCCUUCUACCCGUUCAACUCUACCCCACAGCUGCUCAGUACGAGCACCAGAAAGAUGGAAUCGUGAAUGCUGUCCCAUUUCCCCACAUCCGUACAAGAAUCAUCCUCAAUCCAGACAAAUUUCUCCACGACGAUUUUUGGGCCCUCGCAACCACCGAACUCCGCUUUUUAUGGAAAUCCAACAUGGAGGACGGUUACACUCGAAAUGCGCGCACGGGCCUCUUCGAAUUCACCCCUGAAUUUCACAAAUGUCUUAACGAUCCUAAUUGCUGGGCCUUGACAAGUGAUUUCUUUGAUGCCUUCCCAGAGUUUCAUGGUGAGGCCAAAGUCUUUGAAACCCCGAUUGUCGUUUCAUGA